UCAUUGCAGGAACUGGCAGAUAUCCGAAAGUCUGGAAUAAAAUCCUUCAGGGAUAUACAAGUGGAUGAGAGCAAUAUUUUAACAUGGCAAGGGCUCAUUGUUCCAGAAAAUCCUCCAUACAAUAAAGGUGCAUUUAAGAUUGAGGUGAAUUUCCCAGCAGAGUAUCCCUUUAAGCCCCCGAAGAUAAACUUCAAGACCAAGAUCUACCACCCAAAUGUUGAUGAGAAGGGCCAGGUAUGUCUCCCCAUCAUUAGUGCUGAAAACUGGAAACCUGCCACUAAAACAGAUCAGGUGAUUGAGGCAUUGAUCAACCUUGUAAACGAACCAGAACCUGAGCACCCUCUCCGUGCUGACUUGGCAGAAGACUACACAAAGGACCGCAAAAAGUUUAUGAAGAAUGCAGAAGAGUUCACCAAGAAGAAUUCAGAAAAGAGGCCUGCAGACUAACUAGGCAGUUUAUGUGUAGUCUGUGAUUUGCAGAGGCACUUUUCAGGCAGACUUUAUUAAGAAAUGUAUCUUUUAUAGCUUAUGAUAUAUGACAUUCAUUUUUUCUCUCAGAGAACGAAUAUGGACAUGAAAUUGGCAAUUAAUAUUGAUGAUUAUUUUUGUUUUUGUUUUUUUCCAUGUUUCUCAAAAGGGAGCAUACAUCUUAGUUUAUCCCCUUGACAGUGGAUCCCUUAGUAUGUGUCUCCCAUCAUCAAAUAAAUGCAUGAACCUUGUGUAAAUUACAAUCUAUGCACUCAUGUUAUGAAAGAAGUAUUAUGAUGAAAGUGUAAAUUUAAGGAACAUUCCAAAGAUUUGAUUUAAAUCCAAAAAUGUGUUUCUUCUUUUUGUUUUUGUUUUAGUGCCCAUGUAGUUGUGAUAUUGCUCUAGGACCUGAAAGCAAAAAAAAAUUAAAAUUUCUGUGUCGAAAGCAUACACUUUCAGACGGCAACCUUAUGAUUUUAUGUUGUUUUUCCUAGGGUCUUUUCAGUGGAUAAUUUCCAUAGCAUCCAUAAUUUUUUGUGUAAUCGUGUAAAAAGAGGUAAAUUAAAAAAUGAAACGCAGGUAGAUGUGUGCUAAGGUGUUUUAGAAAAAUGAGGAAAGAGCACCCAGCCCACACAACAUGUUAGCUAAGCACAGGGAAGAAAGCUGUGGCCUUUUUGUGUUAUGAAUAGCAUUUGCUUUUCCUUGAGGACUGAAACCUAACUUCAUGAUGGCACUUGGAAGGAGUUGCUCAGAGCCUAUGGUUUUGUCGAGCCUACAGUGCCGAAAAAUGGAUUGAUGUGAGGUUAUCCAUUUAUCGGAGGAGUAGAGGAUAUUGGAUAUUUUGCUAGUCUGAAUACAAAAUUAUCUCAACAGUUGAUUAUGCUUGCUGAAGUAUUGGAGUAGAAGUAAUAUUAACAGUAAUGAUAAUGAUAAGUGAUAAUAAGGAUGGUGAUAAUGAUAACGAAUAAAUAAUUCCACUUUCUCUUUAGACUUUGCUUCAUCCUUUUGGGUUAAGGCAUUAGUGAUAGUUUUAUUUUUAUUAGUUUUGUUAUUAUUUUUUAUUAUUAUUGUUAUUAUUAUUAUUAUUAUUAUUAUUAUUAUUAUUUAUAUUAUUGUUUUAUUACAAAUCAUUUUUGCUACUCUUGUGUGUUCUGUUACUGUGAAUAUUACUACUACUAUGUUAAUUUUGUAUUAUUACUCUGCAUUUUCAGUUAAAAAAUAUGAUGCUACUUUAUGCUUGGCACGAUGUUACUGGAGCAAAUAUUUCUUAUUAAAUUGUGAAUAGUUAUGUUUGAUAUAUACUGCUUCUCAUUAAUCAGUUUUGCAUAUGAUUUAUUAUCUUACAUUUAUGUUGCCUUUAUGACUGAAAAAUUGCUAUUUAAGGUUUAAUGUUGUAUGUUUCUUCUUGUUAUUAAGUAUCUUAUUCAGCUACUAACAGUGUAAACUAAAUUCACAUGAAGAGUACCAGAGAGAAAUUACAAGAAUGGGAAAGUAAAUAUUGGAAGAAAAUUUUUGAAUGCAUAUUUGGCUUAUGAGUAACACUGCAACUGCUGACCCUUAAUUUCUAGCUGAGUUGUAUGCUUGUGUAAAAAAUAACAAAGCUUGAUAAUUAAAAACAGUCUAUACCUAGAAAGUGCAGAUAGAAUGGAUGAAGGAAAUUUUAACACUUGGAAAAUGUAUACAAUAUACUCAUGCAUUCGGUCAUCACAUACACCAAAAAAGUGUUUGGAAACCCAAAGCUAUUAAUGAUUUAAUUUAGGGUUGUUUCUGAUGAGCUUUUUCAUUUUUACUUGUAGUUUAUAGUUUUUCUGAUUAUAGAAUCUAUUGUCAUCGAAUAAAUAUGAAUUUAGUCUGUCUGAUAGGUGCCCCCAGUAUAGCUACCUAGAAAUGUAUUAGGAUGUUAGAUCAUGCUGACUUGUCAGCGAUAUCUUAAGUCACAACUUACAUAAAACGUGUAUCAGGUUUUUGUGUUACUGCAGCACAGAUAAGACCACAGUAUAGAAGAUACAGUGUGUGGUGUAAGACAGUAUUACUACAGGGUUUUACAGAAAGCAAAACUCAUUUAUAACAUGAAAAUAUGAGUUUGAAAUUUGUACUAUGAUUAAGCCACAUUGAAUCUCCGUUUUGUGGCUAGGCAUAAGCCAAAACUUCUUUUGUGUUAUCUGCAGUGGAUGAUAAGCUUUACCGUUCAUAUAAUGAGUUUAGAUUGGGAUCUGUGCUGAAAUGUUAGUUUAGAUUCAUUAUUCAUAAUGCUAUAAAUUCUAAGUUGACUUAAAUAAUGUUAUCAAGCAGAACGUAUUAAUGUACUUUGGACACAUAAUGCCAGUUUGCUUGAAUGAAGAAAAAGUUGACUAUUAACCCUCUCUAAAUUGCUGUUAAAAGAGUUAGGUUUAACUAACUAACCAAACAGGCUAGGUGGCAGCCUAUAAACUUUCCCUUCUAUUUAUAAAGAAGUAAAAGAAAAAAAUGAUACAGUUCUCUGUUUCAUGUAGUUCAAAAGCCUUCUGUGAUGGCUUAUGAAAGGGCUUGUACGCAACUUGGUUUAUUUUAUGAUGGAAGGUUACUUUGUUUCAGCCUUUUACUUAUGUAAUACAGUGUGUAAUAGAAGUUACAUUGUCUGUAUCCAGAAGUACUAGCCUCCCAUA